ACCAACACCACCACCACCACCACCUCUGCAUCCAACCCAUCCCUCCCACCUCGCUCACUUUCUGCAACCAAAUCACCACCUCCUCUUUCUCUCUCUACACAGCCCCCUCUUUCUCUCUCUAAACCAAAUCACACCUCAAUGUCCUGAAUUUACUGGUUCGAGAUUUAGGUACCUUCCCUUCUCUCAAUUUAUCUCCUGCUUUAAAAUGAGUAUCUCUUCUUUCUUUCUCAUCAACGCGAAAGAUGGCAGCCACCAUGACACCUGAGAAUUCCCUGUCUCUGCCGGAGAAAAGGCAACGCUACUCGGAGGGAGACGACAACCACGACGGUGGCACGAAGAAGAUGGCGCAGUCUGUUGUAAAGAAGCCCCGGCGUGAUCCUGCGGAGGCCCUGGCGAGCGCUCGCCACGAGUUUGGGGAGCACGGGGGCGUCAACAUGUCGAUUGAGGCCUCAGCCACCUUCACUGUAAUGGAGCCGGAGACCAUGAGCCGCAUGUUCAAGGGGGAGCUUGGCCCCGAUCGGGACUUCUUUAUCUAUAGUCGCCAUUUCAACCCUACUGUGCUCAACCUUGGCCGAGCUAUGGCUGCCCUAGAAGCGACCGAGGCCGCGUAUUGCACGGCGAGCGGUCUAUCUGCGAUUUCCUCUGUUCUCUUGCAGCUCUGUCCUUCUGGGUCCCACAUAGUCGCUUCCCCUCACCUGUACGGUGGGACCCAUGCCCUACUUUCCUCUUUCCUCCCCCGCUCGUGCAACAUUACCACCACAUUCGUUGACAUUCUCAAACCUGACGUCGUACGUGCGGCCUUUAAGCCCAACACACGUGUGCUGAUCUUCGAGACCAUAUCGAACCCAACCCUGGUCGUUGCCGAUGUAGCCCAGCUAUCGAGCAUCGCGAGGGAGUUUGGGGCGAGCACGGUUGUCGACAACACGUUUGCGCCGAUGAUCGUGUCGCCUGUGUCGCUCGGUGCCGAUGUUGUUGUGCAUAGUUUGACAAAGUACGCUAGCGGGUGUGCCGAUCUCAUUGCCGGUGCGGUUUGCGGUCCGGAGAAGCUCAUCAAUUCAAUGAUGGACGUCAAUGAGGGCGCCCUCAUGUUGCUUGGUCCCUCUAUGGACCCCAAGGUUGCUUUUGAGAUUGCGGGUCGGCUCCCACACCUCGGCCUACGGAUGCGAGAACACUGUCGCCGUGCCUUAAUCUAUGCCACAAGAAUGCGAGAGCUAGGCCUCAAAGUCAUAUAUCCGGGCUUACCCGACCAUCCCCAGCACUCUCUGCUCAAACAAAUGGCAAAUGAAGGAUACGGUUUCGGAGGGGUCCUAUGCGUGGACAUGGAAACAGUAGAAAGAGCAAACAGGCUCAUGCAUUUUCUUCAAAAUUGCACCCAAUUUGGGCUCAUUGCAGUGAGUUUGGGUUAUUAUGAGACGCUUAUGUCUUGUUCAGGGAGCAGCACUAGCUCUGAGAUAAGCCCAGAGGAGAGAGAGAAAGUGGGUUUAUCGCCUGGUUUGGUGAGAAUGUCGAUUGGAUAUAGUGGGUCACUCGAACAGAGGUGGGCUCAGUUUCAGAGUGCCAUUAACAGGAUUAAGCAGGAGGAGCAAAAGCGACCUGCUGCUUUGCUUACCUCUUAGAGAGAUAGAUUGAGGUGAUAUGUAAAUGAAACAUAAAGUGUUCUUUUGCUUUGGCCUUUUCCUGGCUUUGGAAUUAUAAUGAAUAAAGUUAUGGGUGACUAGUUUUCUUAA